CGGCGGAGCAACAGGAAAACAGCUUCCUCCUGCUGCUCCUGCUCCUGCUGGGGUCUGUGCAGCCCCCAGCCCAGGCUUUUAAAGCAGCCAGCAGCCAUCCCGUAUCACCAGCCCAUCCUCCUCCUCCUCCCCCUCCUCCUCCUCUCUGCUCCUCCUCCCCUCUGUCCUCUGCUUAUAGCCGAGGAGCGUCACCGUCUCCUGGACGCGUCCAUCCCGAGCUCAACCGAGACUUUGAUUUAUUCUUCGCUGUUUGGAGCUGCUUAAAAACACACAAGACGAAGGCUUCUCUCCAGCCAUGCAGAAGGUGGAGGGACGGGUAACCCCGGUCAACCUGCCGUCCUCCAGGGGCCCGAGCACCCCAGGGUCACCCGCCACUGGCAUCAUGGCCCGAUUGAAUGACCAGGUGGUGGGUUACAGAGACCUGGCUGCCCUGCCCAGAGAUAAAGCCAUCCUACAGGUGGAGAGACCAGACCUGAUGACCUACCAACCACACCUUAGCUUCUCCCCACUCGAUCCACCGCGCAGAGAGCGAUCUCUGUCUCCUCCUUCCACAUCUCCAACAAGAUCUCCUGAGGUGAAGGAACGUAGAGCAGAGAGUGAGAGUGGUUCUCCUGGAGGGUCCACGCUGCAGCUCCAGACUGAACGCAAGAUCAGCACCAGCCUCCAGCAUUUCCACAGACCAGAUAACGGAACCAACAUAUACAGGAAACCUCCUAUCUACAAGCAAGAAAUGAACAAACAUGUUGAAGGUGGAGUCAUUGAAUCAGCCAAGUUUCCUGCAGCUCAGCGACCAGACCCCAACCUGCCAUCCAAGAUAGAGACAGAGUACUGGCCCUGCCCCCCCUCAUUGGCUGCCAUGGAGAUUGAGUGGAGGAAGAAGAGGCUGCAGGAGGAAGAUGAGUUUGAGGACCUGACAGAAGAAGCCAAGACGCUACAAGAGCAGGAGCUGGAAAAGAUCAAGUCCAACCUGGGACGCCUCAUCCUGAAGGAGGAGAAGGAGAAAGCCAUUCAUUUUCGGAGGAAGACGCAGUCGCUGCCUGACAGAACACAUAUGCACACUAGUAUUUCUGCAAGUGCAUCAAAGUCUCCUUCCCGCUCAGGAACAGGCCUGACCCGAAUGCAGUCUGCAGAGUUUUCCACAGAUGGAGAUAAGGGACAGCCAGCUGCUCAGAAUGGAGAUGCGCGGAGGGAGCGAAUGGACAGAGGAAACUCGCUGCCCAGCAUCCUGGAGCAGAAGAUCUAUCCUUAUGAAUCACUGAUUGUGACCCACAGAGGGCGCUGUAAGCUGCCUCCUGGAGUUGACCGUACUCGACUGGAGAGGCAUUUGUCUCCAGAGGAGUUCCAGCAGCUGUUUGGGAUGCCCAUGGCUGAGUUCGACCGCCUGUCAUUAUGGAAACGAAAUGAACUGAAGAAGAAAGUCUCACUUUUCUAACAGGAAGUGGCCUCAUUGCUGUAAUACUUGACGAACAGCCUGCUUUGGAGGAGGACGAGGAGGAGGAGGAUAUACAGUCAAUAAAACACAAGACAGCCAAUCAUCACUUUAGUCCAUCAAACUAACCAUCCACGUCCCUGGAUGUGAGCCGGCCCGGGUGGGUCAGACCAGAGUUUAUUGGAGGCUGGCCCUGACUAACCCUUUACUCUGACUAACCUAAACCGAUGCACUGACACUCACACUCACAUAUGACCUGUACUGCACUUAUAAUCACCACAGCUUGCUUCUCAUCUGUGCCCACUCAUUUACAGACAUUAUCAUCAUUAUCAUCAUCAAGUCUAUUUUCCAUCUCCAUUUCUCUCAGUUGUUGUUACUGCUAUUAACUUGAAUAACAGCUAAUCAAUCUAAAAGUCAUGUAUUUCUGCUCUUAUGUGGCAUAUUGUAAUAUCUAUUUAUUAUGUGGAGCUUCUUAUUUAUUUGAAGAUUGUAAUUUUUACACUCAACUGCCAGAAGUCCCAUGUUUGCUGCUGUGAAUUGCUCAUUUUUUAAUAUUUAUUUUGCUGUACAGUUUUUUUUUAAGAGCACCCACCGAUUGACUUCAUCCUUUGCAUCAUUUUUUUCUGCAGAUGACCUCACGUACGUCACAUUUUAAGGAGCAGUACGUAGCACCUAUAUAUUAAUGUGUCUUAAGUUAGAAAACCAGGCUCUCUGCUGUCAUGCCCAUGCUCAGUCUCCACUGAUCAUGCUUUUGUCCACAUCGCUUGUCUUCUGGUAACACCUCCAUAUCAUCCAGUCCUUAUCGUUUCUGUUGUAUAAUAUAAGGGAGUCAAAUAAAUCAGUCAACAAUAAAC